AUGAUGGAAAAUGCGUUGAAGGAACGCGUGUUGGAGCUGGAAAAACGCCUGGGCAUAGCACAGGCAAAAGAGAUUAAAAAUGUUAACGAAGAAUUGAUUGCUGUGCGGCGAAAAUUGACACAAGCAGGCGCUGGGUUUUUGCUAAAAAUUCCAAUCGAUAUUUUGCGAAAACUUAACGAUUUAGCACUUCGAGAUGAUUACUUAACGCAAGCUGAGAAGAGAAAUUGCAUUGAAUUUAAUUAUGCUUUAAUGAUGAAGCGUGCCGAACUACUGGAACAGUUUGAGAAGGACAAAGAGAUUGUCUUCAAAUCCGAAUCGAUUGCAAAUUUCGGCGAACAUUUACCAGCUCUUGAUGCUGCCGAAAGGGAAAUCAAUGAGACAGCUUCGGAUGUGCGCAUGUGGGUGCUUCAUCAACUUUUCCCGCUUUCGAUUUUUACGGUUUUUCUUGAAAUCCCAAAUCCGACUUUGCAGUUUUCCUUUGACUUAGAACUAGGCUUUUACUCUGAAGCUCUCGACAGCUGGAAAAGUUUUCCAAGGGGUAAUCAGUAA